AUGCCAGUGGCCCCUGCAGCUGUCAGUGGGAUGGGUUCCCAGGCUCUCAACAGGGAACUGGUUCCAGGUGCCCUGGGCUCAUCCCUGACGGUGGGAAAUGCUCACUGCGUGCACGACGCGGGCAGCCUGAAGAGCGGAUACCCCCUGGUGUACCCCACGCACCCCCUGCACUCGGUGCACACCACGCUCUCUUCCAGCGGCACCCCCAGCCUGCCGGGUCACCCCCUCUACACCUACGGCUUCAUGCUGCAGAACGACCCCCUGCCCCACAUAUGCAACUGGGUGUCUGCCAGCGGACCCUGCGACAAGAGGUUUGCCACCUCGGAGGAGCUGCUCACCCACCUACGGACCCACACGGCCCUGCCGGGUGCGGAAAAACUCUUGGCGGGUUUCCCUACCUCCGGGCUGGGCUCCUCCUGCCACCUCCACCUCCCGCCCGCCGCCCCCGGGAGCCCCAACACGUUACCGGCCUCUCUCUCCUUGAGGAGCCCACACACUUUGGGACUAAACAGGUACCACCCCUACGGCAAGAGCCACUUGCCCGCGGCCGGCGCCCUGCCCGUGCCCUCCUUGCCGGCUGCAGGACCUUACUACUCCCCCUACGCUCUCUACGGCCAAAGACUAACUUCAGCUUCUGCACUGGGGUAUCAGUAA